AUGGAGAGCUACGAGAUUUUGCAAGCUUUCCAAAAAGCUUUUGGAAUCCAAUUAAGCCAACGAGAUGUCGAUGAAGUCAAUCAACCGUUCAACUCGUCGUAUGCCAUCAAAUCACUUGAAUCAAGAUAUGCGCAAGGAAUGAGUGGUCGCGCAACUGAUUUCGCCAAUGUCACCGCAACGCUGAGGCAUGAAGUGCCAACGAUGGCAAAUAAUUUACUGUUCUUUGUUUUGGAAGCGCGAAAGAGUUUGAUGAGACCGACGCAAAUGGGUAGGUCUGCAUCGCCAGUUAGUCUCCGACCGGGGGGCCCAGUCUUUACGCCAGAGAACUCAUCGACUGCCAGCUAUGCUCACUCAACGUUGAGCAGCUUUUCAAGUGUUUCGAAAUCGCCAUUCGAUCGAAAUGAUGCGGCUCGCGUGCCAACAAACUUAUAUUAUCGGCAAGAAACACCACCAGUUAGGCGUCGUAUUCCUAGACCUGGAGAUUUUCCAUCAACAGGAGCCACAUCAUUGACGGAAAUCCCGCCUUUUCAAUCGCCACAUCAAGGAACAAUGAAAGAAAACAUUCUCAGAAACAAUUGGCAGAACAACGUGGAACAUCCACUCAAGCCGCCAAUGUAUACAAGGCCACCAGCUAUCCAAAAUGGACAAUAUACACAGUCAGUGGUCAAUCCAUUUUUUCCGGAAGCUGGAUUUGAAUCUCCGUUGGCUACUAAUCUCAAACCUCUCUCAACACCAAAUCCCAUCAUUGCCACGGAGCGAAAGACAGUUCCUAUGCGCACACUUAUCACCGAAGUACUGCACGCAAUGAAAGGACUUAGUGGAAGUUACAUACGUUCUGAUGGCGAUCAACUGAGACUAAGUUCGGCGGCGGAGCUUACCUUGGAAAUGUGGGCAUGCACCAGUGACUUCAUUUUAAUGGGAAACCUUUGCGCUCAAUUACCACCUCAGCCACCAGAUGGAAGGGCGAAUGAUCUUUUCAAAAAGGCGUUUCACCAUAGCAUGUUUUUGGAAAGGAAUAAGUAUCUUUACGCCGUCGAUCAACUAACAGCGCAGGUUGCAUCAGUUUCCGACGACCAAGCUUUUUACUUCGUGAACGACUUUGCCAGCGACUGGGAACAAAAACUGCGCUGCCUCGUUGAUCUAUGGACCACCUGGAAAAGUCAUGAAACUGCUGGCUUUGAAAUCGUUGACACGCUAUUGGAGAAGAAUUCGAGAAGCACGAACGGCUCAACACUGCAAGUUUGUUUGGAAGCUCCUCUUCACCAACUAAUCGACAAAUAUCUGGAACUUCUGAACCAAUGGAUACUCAAUGGAAAACUACACGAAUAUUCCGGAAAAUGGCUGAUAAAAGCUUACAAAAGUCCCAAUGGAGAAUUGGAUGUUAUGGGCACGUAUCGCCUGGAUCGAAUACCGUCACGCUUUCGAUUUUACUCUGACCCACGAUUGGCACAAAAGAUUCUUGAAGUCGGUCGUUUGAUUGGGUGCCUCGGUGGCGCAGAAUGGGACGGUUGGGAUGAUAUGCAAAAGCUUAAAACCGAACAAAUUAUCGACUACAAUGACAAUCAGUUGGUCAAUAUUAUUCAAGAAAUCUACUCGCACGCCGGUAAUGAUGUAAAACGAACGUUGGUGAAACGGGAUCAUCUCUUCGAACAUCUCGAAAUUGUCUCCAACGUGUUUUUCUUGCUUAAUGAGCAAUUCUCUUAUCAGUUGUUCAAUGAGAUUAGAUUGGUCUCAAAUCAGUUUUCCAAAAUAAUUUCGGCCGCAGAAGCAGCUUCGGUGCUUGUAAAGGCUGCUACAGCCAAUGGAAUAAUAUCGCGAAGUCGACGUGGGAGAUCUCAAACGCACUUUGAAGUGAUUGCAGAAGUGGGAAGCACACCGCGAGACUCAAUUCGCCGAAAUUAUGUCAACACCUUUAACAUCAAGUAUAAAGCGGCUUCGGGUCUUGCUGCGUGUGUAUUAUCCCGAGAUGCACUACUUCGUUAUCAAAAUAUUUUUCAAACUAUGUGGAGUAUUCAGUUUGUUAGCCAAGGGGUAACGGAGGCUCAACGAUCACAUUUGGAAUUGACUCGUGAAAUCAAGACACAACGAAUUAGGACGCUAUAUCCAUUAAUCAACACUUUGGCUAAAAUUCUUGCUCAUGUUCAUAGUGCCGUGUACGCUCUCGCCUAUUACGCAAGUGAUGUGUGUGAAUAUGCCAAGAAUCGCUUGCGUGCGCGGUUGGACUCGGCAAUCGACUUAUCAGAAUGCAUCACUCAGCACGACAAGCACUUGAAGCUGAUCGAGGAGCGACUUUUUCUGGACACGAAACUCGGAUCUCCAGUUACCAACUGCCUGGGGCCUUUGAUUGACGAUGCGAUUGCCAUUUUUCAACAUUACACUCGGUUCAGUGCUGACUUGAAAGGACAUUUCGAGAAAUGGGCAACUUCGACAACUGACGACUCUUUUGUCCGAAUCGAGCAACAAUUCGACAUUGAAGAAGAUAUGCUGAGCUUUCAAAGAGAACAAAUGCGAGAAUCCACUCAUUUACAUGCUAAAUUUAAGGAUGCCCAGACAAAACUCUUCCAAUCGUUGAUUCCUUACGGUGAUAUGGCUCCAAUGUCAAAUCUACGAGAAUGUUUGAUU